AGGUGGCGGAGGGAGAUUCCAGAGAUUCUCGGGGCAAACGACCUCCUAGGACCUAGGGGAUUCCCCUCCCCCCCCCUCCCCCCAGAACUUUAAAGGAAGUGUGCAUUUUAUUAUUAUUAUUAUUAUUUUUUGCGAGUUGCAUGGUUCAGACGAGCGGGGCGUUCGCGUUCACUCUUACGAUUGCUUGCGAAGCGGAGGGCAGAAUUGCCUCUCCCGUGUUUUUUCUGCCUCUCUUCCCCAUUUAAAAUUGUAAAGAGAUCGCCCUUAGACGUUAGAGAUGGCUUCCAGUCCAAACGAUUCGGAUCCGAACUCCCAGCAAGGGGACGAUGAUCCGAAUCCCCGUAUCAGUCCUCAAGAAGAGCUGGACUUCUCAAUUUUAUUUGAUUAUGACUAUUCGCAGCCAGUAGCAGAAGAACCGACUCCUUCACAUAAAAUCAUCAGCCCACCCACUGGAGUUACUUACCCUCAUGAUGAUGUCUCGGAUUAUGGCCUCAAGCCCUACCCCUUCGCUUUGUCUAGCCUUUCGGCAGAUCACAUGGGCAGAUAUGGACAGCCAGAUAGCAUAGGGUCAAAAUGCUACUUGGACCCUCACAAGGCUGCAGGUCCCCCUACUUUGAGCCCUAGGAUUGAGAUAACACCAUCUUAUGAACUGAUUCACUCAGGGGGGGCCUUCAGCAGCAGAGACACAGAUCUAUUGGUAGAGCAUCAGUCCAGCUCAGCUACCGCUAGCCCAAGGUUUACCCUGCCGGUCCCUGGCUUUGAGAGCUACCGAGAACCGCUGUGCCUGAGCCCGCCUAGCAGCGGCUCCUCUGCAAGCUUCAUUUCAGAGACAAAUUUCUCUCCUUAUACUUCGCCAUGCGUUUCACCAAAUAAUGGCCCUAGUGAUGACCUGUGUCCACAGUUUCAAAACACCCAUGCUCAUUAUUCCCCUAGAACCUCGCCAAUAAUGUCCCCACAAGCAUCUGUCGUGGAGGAUACCUGCUUGGGGCCACGUUCACCAUCACCACGUCCCAACUCAAGGUCGUCAUCGCCAGGGGCCAAACGGAGGUACUCUUGCACUGAGCUCUACGGGAGUCAGCACCCCCACUCUUCUCCACGGCAAUCGAGGACCCCUUCUCCACAGGCCUCUCCCCACGUCUCCCUGAGAGAAGACGGAGCGACAGUCACUUACACCCAGUUGUCCACCUCGUCUAGUCUCAUGGAUGCCAUGAACAAUCUCACCACGGAUCCUUCCUGCGGAGUUCCCACAAAAAUAUGGAGGACCACUCCAGAUCCUUCGCCAUUGGUUUCCCACAAAGCCAGUAUGCCAUGCCAUGUGCUUCAGCCCAUCGAAUACAUUGGAUCCUGUGAGCAGGAGAAUCGAAGGAACCCACCGCCAGAUUCAAUCCUCUUAGUGCCGCCAUCUUGGCCGAAGCAGUUGAUGCCUGCGAUACCAAUCUGCAGCAUUCCUGUUCAGUCUCUUCCACCUCUUGAGUGGCCUCUUUCCAGCCAUUCAGGCGCCUACGAAUUACAGAUUGAGGUGCAACCCAAACCCCACCAUCGUGCUCAUUACGAGACAGAAGGGAGCCGAGGGGCAGUCAAAGCACAAACAGGGGGACAUCCUGUGAUUCAGCUUCAUGGUUAUGUGGACCACAAGCCCUUGGGCCUUCAGAUCUUCAUUGGAACAGCAGAUGAGAGGAUUCUUAAACCACAUGCUUUUUACCAAGUCCAUCGCAUCACAGGGAAAACAGUCACUACCACCAGCUUUGAGAAAAUCAUUGGCAACACCAAAGUGCUGGAAAUCCCUCUGGAGCCAAAAAACAACAUGAAAGCAACCAUUGACUGCGCAGGAAUUCUCAAGCUGAGGAACGCAGAUAUUGAAUUACGGAAAGGAGAAACCGAUAUUGGCCGAAAGAACACACGUGUGCGAUUGGUGUUCCGUGUGCACAUCCCUGAAUCUAGUGGCCGGAUAGUUUCUUUGCAAGUUGCAUCCAACCCCAUUGAAUGCUCCCAACGGUCAGCUCAUGAACUUCCAAUGGUUGAAAGACAAGAUGUGGACACCUGCCUUGUAUACGGUGGACAGCAAAUGAUUUUAACCGGCCAGAACUUUACAGCAGAAUCCAAAGUCAUCUUUACAGAGAAGACACCAGAUGGGCAGCAGGUUUGGGAGAUGGAAGCCACAGUGGACAAAGACAAGAGCCAAUCUAACAUGCUGUUUGUAGAGAUUCCAGAGUAUCGCAACAAGCACAUUCGUGUCCCCGUUAAGGUGAAUUUCUAUGUUAUCAAUGGGAAACGAAAAAAAAGUCAGCCACAGCAUUUUAUCUACCAUCCAGUGCCUUCCAUAAAAACAGAGCCCAUUGAUGACUAUGAUCCAAGUUUAAUCUGCAAUACAGUACACAGUGGUCUGAGAACAGUAACACAGCCUUAUUAUUCGCAUCAUACAAUGGCCUCGGAGUCUCCUUCCUGUCUUGUGGCUACAAUGGCUUCUUGCCAGCAAUUGCAUUCAAACCUCUCUUCUCCCGAAUCUCAGUAUCCUUCCCAAAACCCAGGAGCUAUAAUAUAUCAAAGAAGCAAGAGUCUCAGUCCAAGCCACCUGGGCUACCAGCAGUCCAACCUGAUGGGUGCCCAGGUGCCCAUCCCAGAUGUUCAUAGGUCAGUGCUUGUGCACACAGGAUCCCCUAGCCAAAGUUCAGCAAUGCUCCAUCAUUCCCCAGCCAAUCAGCCACCUUCUCCAGUGAUCCAUUGCUCUCCCACAGCCAAUCAUCAGAUGAGAUGUGAAAGCCAUCAAGAGUUUCAGCAUAUAAUGUGCAGUGAAAAUUUCACAUCCAGUGGAGUGAGGCCCCAUCAGCCUCAAGUCAACCAAGCACAAAGGUUAAGCCCAAGUUCUUAUCCUACUGUGAUUCAGCAGCAGAGAACGGCCAAAAAUGGACCACCAGUAAAUGAUCAGAAGGAAGUGGUAUCAGCUGGAGUCACUGUAAAACAGGAACAGAAUCUUGACCAAGCUUAUUUGGAUGAUGAGCUGAUAGAUACACACCUUAGCUGGAUACAAAACAUUAUAUGAAACAGAAAGGCUGUGCUUUUUUGAUCCAAGCAAACAAAGUCCCAGUUAAUGAAAUUAUCAGGAAAGAGUUUUCUGGACUCCCUGCCAGAAGUCAGACAUAGAAGAUGAGAUUUAUGAGACAACUUUUGCAGAAUCCAUCCGUAUCUGACUUCUAAGAUUCUUCUCUUGUCCUGCCUGCCUUUUGUUUCCUCAACUGACCAUCUCAAAGCACCAGUUCAACACCAGGAACAAUGCACUGGCAUCCAGCUGACAAUUUUGUGUAAGCCACUCAGCACCUCUCAUUGUAAACAUCAAAGAAAACUCUCUUCCUUUUGUCCAAAGAUCAUGCAGUUCUCAAUGUAACCUUGCAAGUGCCUGAUGUAGAUUACUGAAGUGUCUAAAGAUGUGUACAUGGACUAGAAAUGACAAUUGGAGGGGAAAAGGUCCAGAAAUUUCUAUUGAACUAAAGUAUGGUUGUGUACAUGAAUGCAUGUUAUGAACGCUGGAUGAAUUUUAUAAUUGCCAACUCAACCCCAAAAAAAUGAAGUAGGUUUCACAAUGCAUAGCCAGAAACAAAAUUUAAAACUUGCAAAACUCAAGCAUUGAACCUCUCUCCCUUAAAUGAAAUGGAACAGAUCCACGUAUGCAACAUUAUGUUUAUUCUUUUUUUCAAACAGAAGCAUGACCAUCGCUCUGCACAGAUUCGCAGGUGUUUUUUUAAAAAAAAAUAUUAAAAAACCAUCAAAGUGCAACAAGGAAGUUGCUGCAAUGGAAAAUGGAUGAAAAUCAUCUGGUGUGGGAACAGCUUCUAGUGAGAAUGUAAAGUAUUUUUUUAGUUGUAGCUUUGUCAUAUUUUUGCUCUAUUUUUAGAUGGACAAAGCCAUAUUUUCAUUGGACUGGAAAGUAUGUAAACUCAAAAUGCAAUGCAGUCAACAAUUAAGCAUUUUUUUAAAACCAAACAACAUCCACAGAAGAGAGCUGAACCUGUAUUUGAAACUCUGAAAUGAAUGUUAAAGCUAAAAUAUUUAACUUUAGCCAGAGUGUGCAUUCUAUUCCACACUGUUCUAUGCAGCAUUUCGCUGUACGGUGUACAGAUUUGAAACUGAUUUAUUUUAGGUUCUGUCCCUUCCACACAAAUAACAAGUUUUGUUUUAACUUAAAUCAAUCAUCUCAAUUUGAUUUGGAAACUGCUUUUAUGGUUUAACAGUGGAACUUUUGCAGAUCUAGCCAAUUGUUCAACUCAUGGUAAAAAAUCACAAGAUGGCAUAUUUAUAUUCAUAGGGAAUGUGAGAUCCUAGUAACUUAAUUGGUUAAGCAUAGAAAUGUUUGAUGAAUAGUAAUUUAAUUGGUUAAAGCGAGUAGGACUUACUGAUUUAUUCUAGCAGCUAUCAAAUUAUCCAAAACUCUCAGAGCCUCUUUUCAUUUGUGGUACAAUAUGGUUUUUCCUGCCAAACUGCAAAAAAAAAAUUCUAUUGAUGAUUAGUGUAUUCUGCAUUUAGAUAUUAUUUCUCUAAAUCAGGGGUGUCAAACUUUGCGUCAUCACAGCACCAUCAUGCGAUGUAUCGGGACUUCCCCCCCCCCACUUCGCUAAACUGGGCAGGGCAUGGCCAACGUGUGAUGCAUCCAGCCUGUGAGUCACGAGUUUGACAGCCCUGCUCUAAAUUUUUUGUUGCCAGAAGAAGCCGCAACAUAUUUUUUUACUCUUCUGCCCAACAACAUAUAUUGCUGUAGUUUCCUUUCUUCAUCCCUUGCAAAAUUAAAACUGUAGAUCAGUCUACGUAACUCACAUGGUACAAAUUGUUUAGAACUGCAUACUUUUUUAGGCAUACGUAGACUUAUCCACAUUCCAUCAAUAAGGUUCUUAAAGAACUGAUAAAAACUAAUAAAACUAUUGUAAUUGUCAGUUAAAAAUGUGAUUUUGGUUUCUUGAGGAUUGGUCCCAAUGUUCAAAUGUAUAAAUGGGCAUGGAAAGUAGGACUGAUAAAAGUACAUUUGCAAUAUAUGUAUCUACGCAAUAUAAGAAAGCAUAGCUACAUUCAAGGAGUUAUGAUGGAAACGUUUUGUCCAUAUUUUCCUAAGCUUGAUUCAGAGAAGUGAAAUAAAAGAAACGAUGAAAAGCAGCUGAAUUGGAUAGUAGUAGAGAUAAGGACAAAAAAAUUUUUCUAGUUGCAGCUAACCUAGCUCCUCAAAGUUAAGUAAAAACUUUUAUUAUAUGAAUCAGUUUUCAGUUUCACUUCAAAUUAUCCUAAAUUAUUAGCAUUAAGCCCAUCCUUGAAUUCACAUCAUAAUUGUUUUCAUCACUAAUCCUCAAAUGUUUGUUUAGAUACCUGGAUUUCAGGCCAAAACUUGGAGUCAUUUUUGUGCCAAGUAUAAAAUACCAAAGAAACUUCCUAUUUGAAUUUCCUUACUGGGUUAUUGUUGAAUGCUAUCGUUUUAUACAAUUUGUUUAUCUUUAUCUGCCUAAUCUAUAGAGAAUUUUAAGGAUGUGAGGCAACCUUGCUUUGGCUUUUAAGCUCUAAAACACCAAGUCUAAGAAAUAAAUUAUUGACAAAUGUUAAUAGCAUUUUUGGAUAAAAAGUAAAAAGUCCUUUGAGUUGAGCUUAAUUCCUUUGACUUCAUGGCCACCUAUAUAGUAUAGUCUUUGGCAACAAUAUGCAAAUGAUUUGCAAUUGCCUUCUGUAAGGACAUUGGCAUCCCUGGUUUAAAUGCAAUAGUAAAUCUUGUGGCCAUUUGUUUCUACCUAAGUUUGGUGUGAAAUUUACCCUUUCUGACUUAUAACUACUGUUUCUUAUUAGAGCUGAGUAUGUAUAUCUGUCACUAAAAGAAAACCAACCAACCACCUAAUGGCUUAAUAUUAUUUGUGAACCAGGAAUAUUCAUGUUAUGCCAGUGAAUUACUGCAGAGGAUAAAAAAUAUCAAUAACUAUUGAUAUCAAAUACCAAUAUCAACAAUCCAGAGUUGUUGUUAGAUACAGAGCUGCGAUUCUUGCUGAUCCAACUACUUGAUCAAAUGUUCUUACAAGCUCUUGUAAAGUAUACGUAAACAUGAAAAGUAGUCAUAAGGUGUUUAGUUCUCUUUCAUUUCCUAUGGAUUAAAACCAUAAGGAACUACAACAGGACAGUCAUAUUACUUCUUUGUUUGCUUCUCUGCAAUAUCUAAAAAAAUACCAGAUGCAGCAUUGUAUUCUUAUCUUAAGCAUCUGUCCUACCGUGUCUGAUUUAGAAUAUUUAGCAAGCAACCAUUCGCUCGUACUCUUCGGGUCUUUUCUUACAUGGGAAAAAACCCGCCUUAACCAAAUAUAUAUUUCUCAAGCAAAGACAUUCCGCUACAGAUGUUUGUCUUAAAAAAAUAACUGGAUACAUUUAAGAUAGUACAGGUAAUUCUGAAACAUUCAAUGAAUGAAAUUAUUUAUUUUGGUUUUGCAAUAGUUCUACAGUGUUAACAUUUGUAAACUUCAUGUAAACUUUAUUAUUAUUAUUAUUAUUAUUAUUAUUGCUUUGGUCUAAAGAAACUUGGACAAUUAACUGCCUUAUGUGAGUAAUUUGUUCUCAGUUUAUCUGGAAGACAGCCAUAGUUGCAUAUGAGGAAAUUCUUUUUUUUCCCCUUCAGUUAUCUGAAAGCUUCAUGACAAGUGCCUUCCUGUCAUUGUAUCAAAAGGCCUCACAAAGGAUUGUCUACCAAGUGAACGACUGUAAUGCAUUUUCCAUUAGUGUUUUAUUAUGCUAAAGUCAAAGCAGUUUAUUGUAACUCAAUGGCAUUUUUUUUUCAACAUUAUUAUUUCUUAACCACAGUUUAGGCCUACAUAUUAUAGGAUGAGCGUCUAUAAACUUUUGCACUAAAUAGUUGUCCAUCUUUAAUGUAAACAGUCAGAUGGUGUUGGAGAGUCAACUCAUGCUAGUAAGAUCUUUUCAUUACUUUGGAAUGCAUUUGGCAUUAAAGAAUACCAAAGAAAAACUGCACGUGAGAAUGUUUUGUGAUUUGAAUGGAUUUUUUUUUUUUUUCAUUCUGGGGAAAUCUUUUUCCCUUUUCAUUUCCUCUAGUUUUUGAUCUGUGUGUUUGGAGGAGAAAUGUAAGGUUAUUUGAAUAAUAGCGAUACUGAGAUGGAAAGAAUACCAAAAUACUUAUGCCUUGCAUUUGGUUAGUAUUGGCUGUGGGUUCAAUCCAGACAAAUUGAAGCACUUUUCCAUGUAUCUUACUAACUACUACUGCUAGUAGUUUAAUAUAAUAAUUUGUUAUUCCCUUUAUUGUGUUCAACAUCCGGUCUUCUUGUGUAAUAGAUAUCUAACAGAGGUGGGUUUCUGCCGGUUCGCCCCAGAUCGGGCGAACCAGUAGUGGUGAUGGUGGGAGACUCCGCCCAC